AUUCUUAGUCGUACGACUGACUUAUGGUGGAGUUGGCAGCGUUGUUUCCGAGCGUGUCCUGCCCGCACUAUUUUCGCGUGAAUCAAUUACAAAAAUUUUUAGGUCCACGAAAACAAAAGUUACUUGCGUGUAUAACGUUUUUUUAGUGUUAACCACGCUCCAAGAAAGUUUUGUGUGAAUCACCAUAACGUAAGGGAAAAAAUAGAAAAUGUCUUCACUUACAAAACCCAAGUCAGAAAUGACACCGGAAGAACUCGCGAAGCGUGAGGAAGAGGAGUUCAAUACAGGUCCUCUGUCUGUUCUUACUCAGUCCGUUAAAAAUAAUACUCAGGUUAUAAUAAACUGCAGAAACAACAAGAAACUGCUUGGCAGAGUUAAAGCCUUUGAUAGACAUUGUAAUAUGGUUUUGGAAAAUGUCAGAGAAAUGUGGACAGAGCAGCCACGUACUGGCAAAGGAAAAAAGACAAAUCCAGUAAACAAGGAUAGAUUCAUUAGUAAAAUGUUUUUACGUGGAGAUUCUGUGAUCUUGGUGGUAAGAAAUCCAUCAGCUACAGCUGUAGGGAAGUAAUUUAAGUUCACCUUCAUUUUCACUUUCAAUAAGACCACUUAAGCAUAAGACGAGACUAAUUGAAAAUAAAUUCAUUAAAAUAAGUCACGACAUUUAUUAUAAUUCCAUUACAAUCUAC